UCUGGUUGUGGCGGUUUAAUGGUAUCAGUACCCAAAUGGGUGACUAUGCUCUUCAUCUCCAGAGGGCGGUGCGCUCUAGUGCAGCUGUCAAGGCUUGCCGGAAAGUCUGCAGGUGUCUGUCGUCUCGCUUUGGUGGUCGAAUAGAUGGUGGGCAGCCAGAGCAGUUAACGGAGGAAAGUAGCUCCCAAGGAAGGCCCCCACGGUCGCACGCAGAGCUGCUCAGCGGGAGCGAGCCGGGAGAAGCCUCGGAAUCCCGCGAACCGAGCGAGGCGCUGAUAGAGAUCUGCCAGAGAAGGCAUUUCCUCAGCGGCACCAUGCGGCAGCUUAGCCGAGAUUCUCUUCUGAGCGGGUGCCACCCUGGCUUUGGUCCCUUGGGCAUAGAGUUGCGGAAGAACCUGGCGGCAGAAUGGUGGUCCUCGGUGGUGGUGUUCAGGGAGCAGGUCUUCCCUGUAGACGCCCUCCACCAGGAACCUGGUCUUUCGCUGCCUGAGGACUGUGGCUUCAGGUUAGUUUCUGCAGAAACGCUACGCGAAAUCUUGCAAGACAAAGAGCUGAGUAAGGAACAGCUAGUAGCAUUUCUUGAGAACUUACUAAAAACUUCUGGGAAACUACGGAAGAACCUUCUUCACGGUGCCUUGGCGCACUAUGUUAACUGCCUGGAUCUGGUAAACAAGAGGCUACCUUAUGGCCUUGCUCAGAUUGGAGUGUGUUUUCAUCCCAUUUCUGAUACCAAGCCGACACCUGAUGGUGUUAAAAGACUUGGUGAGAAGACUGAAGCUUCUCUGGUGUGGUUUACUUCAGCAAGAACCGCAAACCAGUGGCUUGAUUUCUGGUUACGUCAUCGACUUCUGUGGUGGAGAAAGUUUGCCAUGAGUCCAUCUAACUUCAGCAGCGGUGAUUGUCAGGAUGAAGAGGGACGAAAAGGAAGCAAACUUUACUACAAUUUUCCCUGGGGAAAGGAGCCAAUAGAAACCCUGUGGAAUCUAGGAGAUCAUGAACUUAUACACAUGUAUCCUGGAAAUGUGUCUCAAUUACACGGCCGAGAUGGACGAAAAAAUGUGGUCCCUUGUGUUUUAUCUGUAAGCGGAAAUCUAGACCGAGGCGUGCUGGCUUACCUCUAUGACUCUUUCCAGCUAACAGAGAACUCCUUUACAAGCAAGAAGAAUCUUCACAGAAAGGUACUUAAACUUCACCCGUGUUUAGUCCCUGUUAAGAUUGCUUUGGAUUUGGGAAGAGGCCCAACAGUAGAACUAAGACAGGUUUGUCAAGGGCUAUUUAAUGAAUUACUAGAAAGUGGAAUUUCUGUGUGGCCUGGUUAUUUGGAAACUGUGCAGUCCUCUUUGGAACAACUUUAUUCAAAAUAUGAUGAAAUGAGUAUCCUCUUCACAGUUUUGAUUACUGAAGCUACUUUGGAGAAUGGAUUAAUACAGCUGAGAAGUAGAGACACCACAAUGAAGGAAAUGAUGCAUAUAUCCAAAGUAAAAGACUUUUUAACCAAGUAUAUAUCAUCAGCUAAGAAUGUAUAGAUUUUAAUAUUUGUAUAAUAAAUACUCUCCUUUCCUAAUUGGUUGUCUGACAUUGUUAGAUUUUUUUUUUAGCC